AGUGGUGCAAAGCAAGGGGUUAUUUAUUAUUUUCCCUAGUCCUGAGAGAAAAAGCUUUAGGUUGCAUUCCUUUCUUGGGAGAUCCAUGUAUUUUAUAGUUUAUCUCUUUUGCUCUGUGACAUUGCUAAAGUUACCACUAAGUUUUACAGCUGUUUCUUCAGGGUAGGGAAUGACUGAAAAACUUGAGAUUGCAUGCCCUGUUUGAUCAGCAAGUUAUUACCCUGAAGAAUUUUUAAACAAAUCAUAUUAAAAUAGACUGCUAUUAAAGAAAAUAUAGAUUGCUUAUUAAACAUAAAGGAAUAAUCAUUGUUAUUCAUGAAGUAAGAUCUUAAGAUUUUUUUUUCUUUGAGCCAGAGUCUCACUUUGUGACCCUUUGUAGAGUGCUGUACUCUAUGUACUCUGUGUCAUAGCUCACAGCAGCCUCCAACUCUUGGGCUUAAGCAAUUCUCUUGCCUCAGACUCCCAAGGAGGUGGGACUACAAGUGCCUGCCACAUAGCCCAUCUAUUUUUUUGUUGAGGUUGUCAUUGUUGUUUAGCUGGCCCGGGCCGGGUUUGAACCUCCCAGCCUUGGAGCAUAUGAUCAGUACCGUAGCCACUGUGCUAUGGGCAGCGAGCCAGAUCUUAAGAAUUUUUAUAACCAAAGCAGAAAAUCCAUGUUAUGCACACAUAUAAUCCUUUAUCACAAACAAGAUCGUAAAUUGUCUCAGAAAAAAAUCAUUUAUAUUUUUUCUCCUUUUCUCCAGUUUGUACAGCAAAACAGAAAAGCUAGGCUCUUAGUUAUAUAGUAAUUACUCAUAAUUCUGAAAACUCCCAUUGUCACUACUGCUAAACAUUGCCCUUUCCUCCACAGUGAGACUGAUUUUACUCCUUGAUAAGCCUUUGGGGGCCUGGAUGCUAGUUGUGCAGAUAUCUGUUUGUCAUUUCAGGGGUCAGUGACUUUCAGAGAUGUAGCCAUAGACUUUUCCCAGGAGGAAUGGAAAUGGCUUCAGCCUGCUCAGAGAGAUUUGUACAGAUGUGUAAUGUUGGAGAACUAUGGCCAUCUGGUUUCACUGGCAGGUCUUUCCAUUUCUAAGCCAGACGUGGUUUCCUUAUUGGAGCAAGGGAAAGAACCUUGGCUGGAGCAAGAGGAUGUAAGAAGAGAUCUGUUUUCCGUUUCACAGUCAAAUGGUGACAACAGAGAGUUUUCUCCAAAAAGUAUUAAUGAUGAUGCAUCUCAGUAUUUGAUAAUGGAAAGAAUUCUAUGCCAAGGCCCUGUGUAUUCUAGCUUCAAAGGAGGCUGGAAAUGCAAGGAGGAUACUGAGAUGCUGCAAGGAAGUCAGGGAUAUAUCAAGCAAGUCACAGUCUCUCAUCAAGAAACCCUGGCUCAGCAUAUGAUUAUCAAUACUGUGGAGAGGCCCUAUGGAUGCCAUGAAUGCGGAAAAACUUUCAGUCGGCGCUUUUCCCUUGUGUUGCAUCAGAGAACUCAUACUGGAGAGAAACCAUAUGUAUGUAAGGAAUGUGGCAAAACCUUUAGCCAGAUUUCAAACCUUGUGAAACAUCAGAUGAUACAUACUGGAAAGAAACCCCAUGAGUGUAAGGACUGUAAUAAAACAUUCAGUUAUCUUUCAUUCCUCAUUGAACACCAGAGAACACAUACUGGGGAGAAACCUUAUGAAUGUACUGAGUGUGGAAAGGCCUUUAGCCGUGCCUCAAACCUCACUCGGCAUCAGAGAAUUCACAUAGGCAAGAAACAAUAUAUAUGUAGGAAAUGUGGGAAAGCCUUUAGUAGUGGCUCAGAACUCAUUCGUCAUCAGAUUACACAUACUGGAGAGAAACCUUAUGAAUGCAUUGAAUGUGGGAAGACAUUUCGCCGUUUCUCACACCUUACUCGCCAUCAAAGCAUCCAUACAACCAAAACACCAUAUGAAUGUAGUGAAUGUAGAAAAGCUUUCCGGUGCCACUCAUUCCUUACUAAACAUCAGAGAAUUCAUGCUGGAGAAAAGCUCUAUGAAUGUGAGGAAUGUGGUAAAGUUUUCACUUGGCAUGCAUCCCUUAUUCAACAUAUGAAAAUUCAUACUGGAGAGAAGCCCUAUGCAUGUGCCGAAUGUGACAAAGCCUUCAGUCGGAGUUUUUCCCUCAUUCUACAUCAGAGAACUCACACUGGGGAGAAACCUUAUGUAUGCGAGGUAUGCAACAAAUCCUUCAGCUGGAGCUCCAACCUUGCUAAACAUCAAAGAACACACACUCUGGAGAAGCCCUAUGACUAUGAAAACUCAUUUAAUUACCAUUCAUUCCUUACUGAACACCAGUGAAUUCACACUGUAGAGAAAACCUAAAAAUGUAAAGAAUGUUAAAAAAAUGCCUUCCCUUCAGAGAACUUUUGGAAAGAAGCCUUAUAUGAGCAUGAAGCAAUGUGGCCCAUAAUGUAUUCAACAUCCUGGAGAAAAUCCCCAGGAAUAUGUAAGAACACUAUUAGUAGCUGUUUAUUCUUUUUGCAAUAACAGAAGAUGAACUCAAUAUUGUAAAGACUCUUCAUUUGAUAGAAUUCCCCUAAGCUAUAUUUGUAAAUUCCUACAACGAAAAAGCACGUAUCUAGUAGACAUGAGAAAGCCAGACAUAAGCCUGUAUUCUGCAUCUGCAACCAGGAGAGAAUGCAUGAGAAAGGAAUGAGCUUUACAUAGAUAUACUUUGAAUAUCAGAAAAUUCAUAUGUAAGCAAAUUGAUAAAAACAUUGUAAUUGGGGAAUACCUUUAUGAUGCAAAACUUAUUAAAUUUUAAAAUACUCUUUUAGGAGCAAAAGCAACUCUAUAAAUGAAUGUUGCAUUCACUUUUCUCCAGUGACUUUCUACAAUAUUUCAAACCUAUAUGUGAGAAUUAUACUAGGAGAAAAUAUUGUAAUGAGUGUAACAAAACCUUAGAUAUCUGAGAAGUCAUACUAGAAGGAAUCUAUGGGAAGGGGUCUUACUUCGGGGGAAAGGGAAUUGUUUUCUAAGUGAAUUCAGAAAAGAAAGUUAUGAAUAAGUCUCUUGAUAGUAUUCUUGCAUUCACUCUUUUUUCCCACAGCAUAUGUAAUUCUGAAAACGUAACUACCACAAUAUUUACAUCAACAAUGAAGAGUAGUGUGCUUUUGCAGAGACAUUACAGAAAUAUAGUUAUAGAAGCACUUUUAAGUUUUUAUGGUUUUAACUUUGUGAUAGAGUUUGGAUUUAAGGUUAUGCUAACUCACAGUUAUCCUUCAAUCUGACCAUUGCCAUUUCUUAUGUGAUCUGAAAUAAGUGUAAAUAAGAUACAUCCCUAGCACUGAGUGUAGUGGCUCAUACCUGUAAUCCUAGCAUUCUGGGAAGCUAAGGUGGGUGGAUUGCCUGAGCUCAGGAGUUGGAGACCAGCCUGAACAAGAGGGCUUGUAUCUAGAAAUAGCUGGACAUUGUGGUGGGUGCCUCUAGUCCCAGGCUAAGGCAAGACCAUCCCUUGAACCCAAGAGUUUGAGGUUGCUGUGAGGUAUGACACCACAGCAUUCUACUGAGAGCAACAAAUUGAAACUUUGUUUCAAAAAAAAAAAUCACAUCCCAGGAACAAUGCCUAGU